CCGCAUAUUGAUUUGGUUGGACUUGGUUAGAUAAAUCCGUUGCUGGUUUCUAGAACGCUCUUCUUCAAGGCGUGCCGCAAACUUUUGCAUCCGAAUCCCCGUUUGUUUUGGCAGAAGCCAUGGCCGAUGACUUCGACUUCGCAGAUAAAGUUCCUCCUUCGUUCGAUCGCGUGGGAAAUGUGAUCAAGGAUUCUGGAUCCAAAGCGUUCAAUCCGGGUUUAAUUGUCCUCCUGGUUGUUGGUGGGUUGCUUUUGACAUUCCUCAUUGGAAAUUAUGUGCUCUACACAUAUGCACAGAAGACCCUCCCUCCUAGAAAAAAGAAGCCCGUUUCAAAGAAGAAGAUGAAAAAGGAGAGACUAAAGCAAGGUGUCUCUGCACCUGGAGAGUAGAGUUUGUACUCAGUUUUUGUUCUAUGGUUUAAAUUGUACUAUUUAGAUGAACUUUCUCGUUCUGUGGUGUUUUGCAUUACGUUGAUUUUCAUCGUUCUAUAUACUGUGUAUUACUGAUAGAAAGCUUAGCCACAUAAGUGCUUUUUUUUUUUUCGGUGAAGGCCACUAAGUGCUUUGGUAAUGUAGGGGACUGGCUAUUUAAUGGUUAAAUCAUCAUUUUGCUUCCCCACUGAUUAUGCUUA